UCUGUUUGGCUGUGUUUUCUCACUCUCACAUCACAUCACACUGGAUCACGCUUUUCCGGGAUUUUCUGGCCAAAAUCUCCACCAAGAGUCACUAAAUAUUUGAGAAAAUGCAACACUGGUGAUCAUAGAGCACCGUCACACAUUGCAUGAGUUGUAAAUAGGAGGUAAAACCUGAGAAAUCUCUAAAGAAUAUUUCCUCGGAACAUGUUCACCACAGAUUGUACAGCCAUCAAGGACAUCCGCCCAGGGCUGAAGAACAUCAAUGUCGUUUUUAUCGUGUUGGAAGUGGGCGCAGCCACUGUGACAAAGGAGAAUCGCGAGGUGCGAACAUUUAAGAUUGCCGACCCAACGGGAUGCAUCAAUUUGUCGAUCUGGGACGAGCCCGGGAAGUUGCUGAUUCCGGGUGAUAUUGUACGCCUCACGAAGGGCUACGCCUCCAUUUGGCGCCAGUGUUUGACGCUGUACUCAGGCAAGAACGGGGAUAUUCACAAGAUUGGCGAUUUUUGUCUCACAUUCAACGAACAAUUGAACAUGAGUGAACCCAAUCCCAGCCUGACGGCCAUCAGCCAGCCUCAGAUGAUUGUGAACAAUGGAGCAAAUCUGGGACCAGUCAGCAGCAACAAUGGCACACAGAUCGCCGCUCGGACUACACAGGGCAGCAAUGGGGGCGCCGGGAGCAGUGGCAGUGGGUCUGUCAGUGCCUCGAAAGCCUCUCGCGUGAGCAAUGAGACAAAGUCCAGCACUAAGAUACGCACGGGACGCUCCAGCGGCGGUCGGGGGAGUGUGAAGAGCGACAGGAGGUAGUGCCGAGUUGAGUGUGUGCAGGGAUAAUGUCUAUUUAUGGAGAAAUAUACACGGGAAUUCCCAUUUUCAC